ACUCCGAGCAGAGCGCUCCAGUUGCAGAUAGAGAUAUAGAUACAGAUACAGAGAUACAGCGAAUCGGGAGCGGAGCUAUAUAGCUACAUUAGCCAACUUUAAGACUCAAACAACUACAAGAGUGAAGAUGCCGUUCCCCAUCCAUCCGCCCAAGCAGAUGCCCUGCCCCCACUGGCAGCACUUCCCCAUCAGUCCCGUGGACAGCAAGCCCAAUCCGUUCGAUUCCGUGGGCGGAGCAGCGGCAGCGGCCACCCAGGUCAACAUGGGGGUUAACAAACCCCCAGAGCCGGUGUCCUAUCGCUAUUGCUUACAGUGCAAGGCAUCCGGUAAGGAGUCAUCCAGCAACACCGACAGGGAGUAACCCCCAAAAAUUUGGAGGUGACCUACCAAUGAGCCAAACCUAAUCAGCCAUCACCUGUAAUCAGCCACUUCACAAGAGGACGCACUUGAAGAGCCAAUUAGAAAGAAAGCAAUCACAAGAACAGCAGAACAAAGUUUUGAUUUCAAGAGAUAAACCAUAUUUUCCAUUUCAAAAUCAAAGAUAUAUAUUAUAUAUCUAUGUGUGUGGCAAGUCAGAUCCCAGCAAACCAUCCAUUUUUUUCAUGUGCUGCUUUCUUAUAUCUUCGACCUGGAUCUGAUCUUAAAAAUAACUCAUAAAUCUAACCAUUAUAUCAGAUUACUUAAUUAAUAUCUGAUAGCUAACGACAGUGAAUAUCCAGUCAAACGCACCUUAAUUUUGUCUGUUAAAAAUAGUUUUUUAUAUUUGAAAGUUAUCCAAAUGCUCUUAACCCAUUGAUCUACUGAAAGUAAGGUCAACGAAUAACUAAUAACAUGUCCACUUUUCUCUCUCUGUGUUGUUAUUAUUUAACCUAACCUAAGCACAUGUUCCAUUUAUUAUUUUUUUGCUGUUUUCAUCUAAGAAAAGUGUUUUUUUUUCGGUAUAAUUAAGUUAGGCAUUUUGUACGUAUUUAAUUUGUAUUUAGAGCUAAAGACUACAGUUUAUACAGCUUAUGAAUUAAUGAAUUUUUUAAAAAAUUUGUAUAAGAGAAGCGCUAAUAAACGCACGACGCAUUUAAAAAACGAGUUCUACACAAAUACAGAAGCACUCCCCGUGUACACAUACCA